AAACUAAAAUCAAAAGCGACAUUCAAUCAAUGCAAAAGCGACAUUCGGCUGAAAAUCCAAACUCAUCCUUAGCUGUUUGCGUUGAUGUCUGAAUCAGCCGUUGCUAUGCAUAGAUUGUAUACAAAAAUUGACUCACUGUAAUUGUGUGCGCGCGCGCUUUGGUGCUUAUUUGGGGAGAUGAUGAACUGGACGAGAGUUUUCAAGUCUUUUCAAGUGGCGAUAGCUCAUGGCUUGCUUUUCUCCUUCUCUGUCAUUCUCUCUCUCAAGCUCGAUCAUGCUGUCAACUACUCUUGGUGGUUGGUUUUUUCUCCUAUCUGGUUAUUUCAUGCAGUCGUAGCAAGAGGAAGAUUCUCUUUACCUGCCCCUUCUAUGCCUCAUGGCCGACAUUGGGCGCCUUUUCAUGCCAUUGUGGCGGCUCCGUUGCUUAUUGCUUUCGAACUUCUCCUCUGUGUACAUCUUGAGAAAAGAUAUGCUGUAAAUUUGAAGAUUGUGUUUCUGCCUCUGCUAGCUCUAGAGGCUGCAAUUUUGGUUGAUAACAUUAGGAUGUGUAGGGCCCUUAUGCCUGCAGAUGAUGAUGUUGAUAGUAUGAGUGAUGAAGCUGUUUGGGAGACUCUCCCACACUUUUGGAUUUCCAUCUCAAUGGUCUUCUUCAUUGCUGCGACAACAUUUACACUUCUGAAACUAUGUGGUAAUGUAGUUGGUCUUGGUUGGUGGGAUCUGUUCAUAAAUUAUGGGGUUGCAGAGUGCUUCGCAUUCCUUAUUUGUACUAAGUGGUACAAUCCUUCAAUUCAUAGACGUUCACAUCUUACAGCAGCAGCAGCAGCAUCAUCGUCAUCAAAUAUCAGAUCUUUUACCUGGAAUAACGGUGUAUUAGUACCACCCGAUGAAGACAAUCAUGAAAACAGAAUGUGCAGUUUGCAAGACAUUGGUGGGCAUAUCAUGAAAAUUCCAUUGAUUGGUUUCCAAGUUAUGCUCUUCAUGUACUUGGAGGGAACCCCCCCUGCUGUUAGAAGUAUCCCGAUUCCGCUUUUGUUUUCUCCUCUUCUGUUGCUGCAAGGAGUUGGAUUUUUGUUCGCCAUAUAUAGAUUCUUUGAGAAAAUCUCCGUCUUACUUAAUGAUGAAGCUGAAACUGGAAGCAGCUUUAGAUUACCUUCUAGUGCUUAUGACUAUAUGGGGUUUCUGCGUCGUGGAUCAAGGUUCCUGGGAUGGUGGUCAAUUGAUGAAGGAAGCCGUGAAGAGCAAGCUCGAUUAUAUUCUUCAUGGGCUUCAGGGUACAAUACGUUCUCGCCUGAUACUGUCAAGAAGAUGCCGAAGUCUGAACUUGCUAAGGAGAUAGGGAGGCUUCAAUCAGCACUCAUUUCACAAACAGAAAUCACAAAUAUCAGCCAGGAAGAGUUUGACAGACUUUUAAAUGAAAAAAUCCUUUGCCGAGUUUGCUUUGAUGAGCAAAUAAACGUAGUCCUGCUCCCUUGCAGGCAUUAUGCUCUUUGCAGCACCUGCUGUGAGAAGUGCAAGAGAUGCCCUAUCUGCCGCGUAUACAUUGAUGAGCGGCUACUUGUACAUGACGAUGUAUAGCUAGUUACACCACAGGCCUAGCCAGGUAAAGCCUAAAGUCCUGUGAAAUCACAUUGGUUUGAAGGUGACUGAUAAUUUAUUAAGUCAUUCACCAUCACAAAAAAUACAAAACUGUUCGAUUCUGUGAAUAGUUUCGCAUAACUUUGAAUGAUUUUGUUCUUCUUUGACUCCUGAAUAUGUUUGUUUUCGAGCUGAAUGAAGUGUAGUAAAUGAAUGCGAUAUAAAAUGGGGUCGUUGGUUUGAA